UGUGUAUUUUUACAAAUGGCUACACCUGUCGUAAUUGUCAAUUUGUUGAACGAUUGGUCGGCCCUUUCUCGAGCUCUUGUUCAUAAAUUUUACGUUUAUUUGUAUAAUAUGUGGCUCUUAUCGGAUACCAGCUGAGAGUAUUGAAGCUUGUUUAUCCACAUACAAUUUGCGAUGUUAAGAUGAUUCCAUUAAAAGACAACCAGGAUGUGGCAUCAUUCCUUGUCACCAAGCACUCAUGGAGGGGGAAGUACAAGCGAGUCUUCUCCAUCGGCACUCACGGUAUCACCACAUACAACCCCGACUGUUUGGAGGUGACCAACAAAUGGCUGUAUGCGGAUGUAGUCACUAUUGCAUCUGCAAAACAUUCAAAUUCGACCGCCAACCAUGACUUCACACUUGUCAUGAAAAAAGAAAAGAAAGUGGAUUCAAUGAAGUUUUCUUCGGAACACAAAUGUUUGAUUCUCACUGAGGCUUUUAAAUAUAGACAUGCAUUCGCUGAAAAACCUAAGGAUAUUUAUAGAUACCAAGCAUACAAACACCAUUGGAGCGGGACUCGACUGCCAGUAGUGCUAGAAGUUGGUCCCUGUGCAUUGGAACAGCUGGACCCGUCCACACACACUUUACUCGCCAGCUACCCGUACUGCGAUGUGCAAGGAAUAUUGCCAGUUCGGGAUGUACCAGGCGGGUUUGUCCUCGCUGUGGGAGGCUACAGCAGACUCCACCUGUUCUCCAACGCCAUGGACCAUCAGAUCAUCAUAAACAAAAUGCUGGAGAUGGCCAGCCUGACCCUCAGCAUUAGCAUCAAAGUAUUGUCCACAAUGAUCACGUUAGACGAUUAUCAUGAUCAGAGAUUUGGAAAGUACAGUGGCGACCAACAUCAGACCUCUCUAAGCGAAUUUAUAGUCCACAAAGUGAACCCGGCUCGCCACAUGGAGCCGAUGCGACGGACGCUCUGUCUCUCUGAUACCUGCAUACUGGAGCGAGAUCCACAGACGUACUCUGUGGUAUGUCUACGUCCAUUGAGCGAUGUAUUCGCAUUAGUGCGGGACACGGAACAUCCUCAGAAGUUCUCCAUCGAAUACCUUAAUGGACAAACACGCACAUAUUUAGCGGGAGAAAGGGACGCGUUACUAGCAUCGUUGCUAGACGGCGUGAGGUCCGCUGGACAGCGCGACGUACACGUCCGCUCAGUGCCGACCCCUCGCGGCUACCGACUGGGACCUCUGCACCAACCUGUCGACGAGGAGACUGAGUCCAAUCACCUCAGAUUAUUCCAGAACCCAGUAGGCAUGUCGCGCGCCGAGGUGAUAGAGAGAUUCAACGCGAACGUCGGCUACAGCGGCCUCAUAUACUCCGUCAGCCAAGACCGUCUGUUUGCGGAGAACAAGGAGAAGUUGAUCACGGGCGCGUUGUCCGCGCUAGUCAGCAGUGCGCCGUCCGGCAGCAACUUAACGCCCCGGGAGCUUGAAGCACAGUUCCACGCGUUAAGACGACUAUGUGCUAGCAAAGUUGGUUUCGCUGCGUUUACUGCGUUACCUGGUUUCCGCGAAUGGAUCGGCACGGCGACAGUGGCGGCGCUGCGUCGUGGCUCGGCGGCGUGUGCGCACGCCGCGCUGGACGCCGUGUGCGCCCUCCUGCAGCCCAUGCACGCGGAACCAGACCUCCGCCAGGAACAGCUCAACAAAGCCAGCAUGUUGUCCUCUGCCACCUUCCUCGAAGGACUGCUCACUAUGUGGGCUGAUCAUGUCACUGGCGGCAGUGGUGCCCUAGUAGUGGCGGCCAUGUUGGAUUUCCUGACGUUUGCCCUGUGCGUGCCGUACAGCGAGACCACGGACGGCAAGCAGUUCGACCAGCUGCUGGAAAUGGUCUCCAAGAGGGGACGGGUGCUCUUCAAACUGUUUGAGCACCCGUCGAUGGCGAUAGUGAAGGGCGCGGGGCUGGUGAUGCGCGCGCUGGUGGAGGAGGGCAGCGCGGGCGUGGGCGGGCGCAUGCAGGCGCUGGCGCUGGCCGAGGCCGCGCUGCCGCGCCACCUGCUGGCCGCGCUGUACGCGCCGCCGCGCCUGCAGCACCGCCAUCUCGCGCGCCAUCUCGUCGCGCUCUGGCUCGUCGACCACGCGCCCGCGCACUGUCUGCUAAGACGGAUUAUGCCGUCAGGUCUGCUAGCAUUCCUGGAGUCGACGGACGUGCCGCCGGCGGUGGAGGCGGACGUGGAGCCCGAGCGCGACAACCUGUCGCUCGCGCAGGCGAGCGUCAAGCCGCGCGCGCAGCACUGGGAGGCGCUCGAGAGACAGGUCAAAUAUGUUGAGAAACAUCUGGAGCACUAUGCCCAACUAGCCCUCCAACAUUGGGCGGCCCGGCUGGGUCGUCCGGCGGCGGAGCGCAGGGACGCCACGCGGGAGCGGCCCGUGGUACUCCGGAGACGGAGGGAGAGAGUCAAGUCCACUGCCAACUGGCCACUCUUCUACUACCAGUUCCACAAGGACCACGCGCUACCGAACCUCAUAUGGAAUCAUACUACUCGAGAAGAACUUCGCAAUGCAUUAGAGAACGAGCUACGAGCGUUUACAUCGGACAGAGAAGUGGCGGGUACGACCCUGACGUCGUGGAACCACGCCGAGCUGGAGGUCCACUACCAGUGUCUGCAGAACGAGGUCAAGAUCGGAGACUACUACCUCAGGAUACUGCUCGAACAGAGGGAUAAUGAUGACAGCCCUAUUAGGAAGUCCUACGAAUUCUUCAACGACCUGUACCACCGGUUUCUGUCGACUCCUAAGAUCGAGAUGAAGUGUAUGUGUCUGCAAGCAAUGAGCAUUGUGUACGGACGGUACUACGAGGAUAUAGGACCCUUUGCAGACACCAAGUAUAUCGUGCAAAUGUUGGACAGGACAUGUGAUAGAAUGGAAAGAGAUAGAUUAGUUCAGUUCUUAUCGAAAUUAAUAUUACACAGAAGAAACGUUAGCGAUAUUUUAGAAUGGAACGGUAUUAGAAUCCUAGUAGAACUAAUGACACUAGCACACUUACAUACGUCGCGAGCGACAGUACCGGCACAGAGUAACGUUAUAGAGGGGCCGCAACAACAGACUGGCGGGGACAGGGAGUGGUACUACAAUGUCGACCAGGGGGACAAAGUACAGAGGAAGGGACCUGUUAGCUUCCAACAGUUAAAAGACCUAUACAAAUCUGGUGAGAUAAACAACAAGACGAAGGCGUGGGCCAACAGUAUGGAAGGUUGGCGCGCCGUGGGCGGAGUGGCGCAGCUCAAGUGGACGCUCGCUGCGAGGGGAACCGCCGUGUAUGACGAGAGUGCACUGGCUGCCACUGUACUGGACCUGCUCAUUACUUGUGCCAGAUAUUAUCCUAGCAGGGAUGAGGAAGACGCAGUAAUAAGACCGUUACCAAAAGUAAAGCGAAUGUUAUCAGAACCAGCUUGUCUGGCGCAUGUUGUGCAGCUGUUACUCACGUUUGAUCCAAUACUCGUCGAAAAGGUAGCUACACUCCUGUACGAAGUGAUGCAGGAUAAUCCGGAAAUUUCCAAGUUAUAUUUGACUGGAGUAUUUUACUUCAUGCUGUUAUACACAGGAUCAAACUUGUUACCUAUCGCCAGGUUCCUUAGAUUGACUCAUAUGAAGCAAGCAUUCAGAGCUGAUCAGUCGAGUUCAGAUAUAAUGCAGAGGUCGAUAUUAGGCCAACUACUGCCAGAAGCGAUGGUUUGUUACUUAGAAAACCACGGCGCUGAGAAAUUCGCGCAGAUCUUCCUUGGAGAGUGGGACACGCCUGAGGCUAUAUGGAACUCUGAAAUGAGACGGAUGCUAAUAAUGAAGGUAUCGGCGCACAUCGGCGAGUUCACGCCGCGGCUGCGCGCGCACGUGGCGGCGCGGUACCCGUACCUCGCCAUCCCCGCCGUCUGCUACCCGCAGCUGCAGCACGAGCUCUUCUGCAACAUGUUCUAUCUCAGACAUCUCUGUGAUACUCAGAAGUUCCCCGAUUGGCCUAUACCUGACCCUGUUGGUCUUCUCAAAGACGUAUUGGAAGCGUGGCGACGCGAAGUAGAGAAGAAGCCGCCUUCAAUGACGGCGGGCGAGGCGUACGCCGCCCUCGGCCUGACUACCGGCCAACACGACGAGGCCGCGGUGCGCAAAGCUUACUACAGACUUGCGCAACAAUACCAUCCUGAUAAGAAUCCUGAAGGACGGGAUCGCUUCGAGGCCGUGAACCAGGCGUAUGAGUUCCUAUGCAGCCGUAACGUGUGGACCGGCGACGGACCCAACACCAACAACAUUGUGCUCAUACUCAGGACGCAGACUAUACUCUUCCAGAGAUACUCUGAAGUGCUGGCCCCGUACAAGUACGCGGGCUACCCGCAGCUGCUGCGCACGGCGCGGCUGGAGGCGGAGGCCGAGCAACUGUUCGCGGAGCGGGACUCCGCCCCGCUGCUGCCCGCCGCCUGCGAGCUGGCGCACGCCACCGUGCGCUGCUCCGCGCUCAACGCUGAGGAACUGCGCCGGGAGGGCGGCCUGCAGGUCCUGCACGAGGCCAUGUCUCGCUGCGUCCCCGUACUGUCGAGCGCCCGCGGUCCGGGCGACAUAUCGGCGCAGGUAUGUGCGCACGCGGCGCGCUGCUUCGCCGUGGCGGCGACGUUCCCCGCCUGCCGCGCCCUCUGUGCAGAGAUGCCGCAACUAUGUAACGACCUUGUACCACUGCUCAAGAGACCUAACCUGGGCGAGACAGCGUGCGCAGGCGCGGCGGCAGUAGGCGCGCUGGCGGCGGAGGCCGGGUGCCGGGCCCAGCUGGCCCGCGCCGGCGCCCUGCAGGCACUGCUGCCCGCCGCGCUGCGGUACGACUACACGCUCACCGAGUCCGGGGUCGACACCGACGCGCAGAUUAAUAAACAGGAGGUAGCGAACCAACUAGCGAAGCAGUGCGUGGUGGCGCUAGCAGCGAUGUACGGCCCCCACGCUACCCCGUCUCCGCUGGACGAGAACAUACAGAACUCCUUACAUUUGUUACUCACGCCGUAUCUAUGUGGACGACUCGCGGAACCUGAUCAACAUGAGCUUCUAAAAACCCUAACAUCGAACUGGCGCACGCCAUACCUAGUGUGGGACAACAGCACUCGCGCAGAACUGAAGGACGUGUUGCGCAACUCGCGCCCUCUGAUGGAGGACGAGGGACCUAUCAUAGAACCCUUCACGUACACCGCCCAUGAGGGACUCGUGUCUGUUGGCGGCGUGUACAUAGACAUCUAUAAUGAACAGCCUGACUUCCCUAUUGAGAAUCCACAGCAGUUCAUCCUGGAACUGCUGAAGUUCAUCCAGGAGGAGACACAAAACGACAUGACUGCGGAGAGAGUGCAACAGGUCACGUAUGCGUUGACUGCACUCGCCAACGUUAUUAUUAAGAACCCGGGUACGGAGAUCCAAUGCAUCGGUCAGUUCGGUUUGAUCUUCGGUCUUCUAUCAGCGCGGGCUCACCCGCAGCUCCAAGAGGGGGCGCUGCGAGUAGUGGGCAGUGCCGGGGCGCGGCGCGAGUGUGUGGAGGACGUGGCGGCCAGUGCAGUACUGGGCCACCUACUGGCACUGCUGGCCGAGCGCCCGCCGCGCCCAGCUACAUUGACUGCGCUCGCUGCUCUACUCGCCAAUACUGCUAUUGUUAGAGAGGCACUCAAUAAAGGUGCUGUGAUAUACUUGUUAGAUCUGUUCUGCAAUAGUAAGCUGCCAGAGACGAGAGAGGCGGCGGUUGAACUGCUAGCCAGGAUGAUGGCAGACAAAUUACAUGGACCUAAGGUUCGUCUAACAAUAUCUCGAUACAUUCCGGGCGUGUUUGCGGAGGCGAUGCGCGAGUCUAGCGCGUCCAACGCGGUGCACAUGUUCGAUGCCCAGCACGAACACCCAGAGCUCGUGUGGACUGACGACACGAGACGGAGACUCGCUGCACACAUCACGCAACUGAGAGACAGACACCAAUCCGAGCAGCUCCGUUCUCCAAACGCGGCGUUCGAGGACCGGGAGACGUUGGAGCGCGCGGCGUCGGGCGAGCAGACGUGGGCGCCGCCCGGCGAGGUCGUGGUCGACGGGGUUUACCUCAAGCUCUACCUACAGAACCCGCACUGGAACUUGCGCAGCCCUAAACGGUUCCUCCAGGAGUUGUUGACUGAGACCAUCACUGCCGUGCAUAAGGAUUCGUCAGAGGGCAGUCGCGGCGAGACCUGCGCCCUGGCGCUGAGCGCGGCCCUCCGCGCCCGUCCCGCGCUGGGCGAGGUGUGUGCGCAGCUGGGCGAGGUGCCGCGCCUGGCGCGCCUGCUGCCCGCCGCGCCCAGGCUUGCACUGCCCGUACUCGCCGCACUCGCGCCCACACAGGCAUGUGUGGUGGCACUAUCCCAGACGGACGUAAUGGCGGGCAUCAAGACGGCGGUACAGUCGUGCAAGGAGGCCGUGGGCUGCGCGUGCGAGGCGCUCGCACUUAUAUUCUCCAGCAACGCCAAUACCGACCGACUGGUGUUACAGGCACUAGAAACAGAUUUAAUAGGCGAGCUGCUGUCUCUCCUGGAGACUCGCCUUGAUGGAGCGACGGCGGCGCAGUUAGUACGGGCUCUGAAGGCCAUGGCGCGGUCCGCGCUGCACGGCGAGCGCGUCAAGGCCGUGCUCGCCAGGUCCACUGUCUGGGAACACUACAGCGCGCAGAGACACGACCUCUUCAUCACCGCCGCGCCGCAGAAUAAUUUACUCACAGGCGCCCCGCACACGGCGGGCUACCUGACGGCGCCGCCGUCCAGUAUCCCGGCGCAGCCGCCGCCCAUCGACUGACCAGGCAGCGCGACCCGUACCCAGCGCGACGGUACUCUCCGCCUCACUACAGACACACGCGUGUUUCUGAAACAACACUACUGCUGACCCAGACAAACGCUCAAGUAAGUCUUCUGUAGAAUCUCUAAUUACCCAAAUAAUUCAUUCGAAAAGAGGAAAUUUGUUGAGGACAAAUCCUCCGAUCAAAUUAUUGAUGAUUUUAUUUUUUAUUAAUUAUUUAUCUAUCUGCUAUUGGAAACAAAUCAUAUUUUAUGAUCAAUAAAAAGUUCAGCCUUUCAGAAACUGUGUUAGCGAAUUUGUCUUGCCGUACUCCGCGGCCUAUCGCUAUAAUUGCAGUGUCAGAUAUCGUCACAUUUCGAUGUAUUAUAGCAAUACUUGUAAUGCGCUUAAAGUUUAAAUUCGCGUGAACAAGGCAAAUUCAAUUGUACUUAUGUAAAAAUAGUUAAGCUGCUGCUCUUUUUAUUUUCUAAGUGGUUUGUCGAUGUCUCAUUGUAAAUUAAAAAGUAUAUUAUAUGAACACAACAUCCGACCAGUGUGUGGUACACUCGAAGUAUUAACAGCCAAAGUUAUGUGUAUGUAAUUCUGUUCGUCUAAAAUAGAAUGUGUAUAGAAGUUUGAUCUCUAACGAAAGGCAAAUAUUGUUUACAUCAUUCCUAAUUACGUUAGCGACAUAGGUUUUUAUAAGAUUCGCACUUUUUAUAUGAAUGUAGAUUAGUGAAUAAUAACGAAAGAUGCGCACUUUAAAUAGUGCUAAACAAAUAAUUAUUAUUUGCUAAUUAAUAUAAAUGAUACUCUAUAUUGCCGGCGAUUUAUGUACCAAUGAUAAUUGUGAUUUUAUGGCAAUAUUAACUUAGCAAUUGCAAUAAUUCGAUGACAUAUAGUCAUAUUACCCAGUGAUGAUUAUAAGUAUGUUAUUUUCCUGAAAUCCGCAUCGAAACAGAUCGUCAAGUAAAAUUACUGUUAAAGUUUUAAUGUAUAAUAUUCAUGUCAAUAAUGUAAUAGAAUUCGCACUUUUUUACGAAAAUAGUAUUUAAAUAUAUGUAUGUAUGUUUGUAUGUAUGUACCUAAUAGUCUGUGCGUACAUGACAUAGUUCACUAGUACAGUUUUUAUAUGUGUAUUCGCGACAUAUAAAGGCUUUCUUGCCAUGUUUAGUUAUAUUGAGACUGAAAAUCAAUUAAAUAAAUCAUUUUAAUUUCGGCACUAAAAUAUGUUUUUAGAUAUACAAAGUCUUUGAGGCUUUUGGUAAAACAUUACAUUUUUUUUUCGAAUUAUCAUUACAAAAAAUGCAAUUUAUUUUAUGUAUUUUAGAUUUAUUUUUACAUUUCUUUUGAAGACCCGUUGUAAGGGAUAUACAGCUGUUUUCUUAUUUGAUAAAUUCAUUAUUAGAUAAUUUGUAGCUUUCUAACAAACUGAUAAUUAAAUAAAGCGUAUUGUACGUAGCUUUAUCAAAAUAUAAUUAUGUAUUUACAUCAAAAUUAUGUGUGAUAUUGUAAAGGAAAUUAAAAUGUUUGGUUUAGUCAUAUCAUAGAGUUUUAAGGCGUUUAUACUUUAUGGAAAUUAUGAUGCUCUUAUGUUCGCUCAUUGAGUACGUCCUAAUAAUAUAAUAUGUAUUAUAGCUAUAUAGUGUGAGUGAGUACCAACUACUGCGAUAUGUUGAUAGCUAACAUACGCUGGUAUAUCAUUUUUAAUAUUAUGGUUCGUUUGUUUGCCUCUGUACAAAGCUUUGUCGUUUUAUUUUCUAAUGUGCCAGUAGUGGGAAUAGUCGAUAAAUUGUGAUAGUUGGUACAUCACUAGUAUCGAUAAUAAAGGAAUGUGAUUGGUCGUGAUGUGGGUGUGUCUUGUAUUAUUACUUUUAUAAUAAUGUGUAUUGUAAUAUACGGAGUCGUGUUGGCAAGCUUUAAGUGUGUGGUACAGGGCACACGCACCACGAAGGAUGUAUCGGAGGCACCAUGAUGGAAAAGCGAGGUGUGAUCAUAUGGAUAUUUUUAUAUCUAGAGAUAAGUUAUAUUGCUGUAAAAUAUACGAAGUUAAUAUAUCAAUCUAUCAAA